AUGUACGACACAAUUUUGCAGAUGGAUUCAUACGGGAGAAAAAAGCUGUCACCAUCGCUGCCAGUGCUGCUGCUCGUGCUUUUACUAGCGCCAGCGGCACGGGCCCAGAGUCCGAUCAACAGGCAGAGGGGCAACAUUCUGAAAAAUUUAACCGGAACGCACGAAUACGAGAACCAUAUUGUGACGAGCAAACUGGAUGCCUCGAUGCCGAUUCGCAUGUUUUAUCGAGGCUUUCGCGAGGUGUACAAUCGCCUGCUGGGGCCCACCGGAGGCCGGAUGCGGGGCGAAUUUCUGCAGUCGCAUGUGAUGCCGAAUGUUCCUUUUCCGUGCGACACCAAGGGCUACCGGAGCCGGCAGGUUCCGACCAGUGUUCAUAAAUUGAGACCGGGGGAUAUCGACAUAAUCUCCGCCAUUGGAGAUUCGCUGACAAGUGCCACGGCUGCGAAUUCCGUUGCUUUGUGGGAGCUCUUGAUUGAAAAUCGAGGAUUGGCCUGGUGCAUCGGCGGUCAGGGGACCUGGCGCACCCAUCUCACGUUGCCGAACAUUUUGAAGGAGUUCAAUCCGAAGCUUUUCGGGUACUCGUUGUUCGACUCGUACAAUGUGCAUCAUUCGGCUCAGUUCAAUGUGGCGGAAAAUAUUGCUACCACAACCGAUAUGCCCUACAAUGCGGCUAAACUGGUGGAACGGAUGAAAAUAGAUCCGAGAGUUCGAUGGGAAAAGCACUGGAAACUGCUGACUUUCAUGAUCGGUGGCAACGAUUUCUGUUCGGAUGUGUGCUACCAAACAAAUGCCACCGAGUGGAUCAACGAAGUGCAGGAGAAAUAUUUGAUUAAAACGCUGCUCUAUUUGAGGCAAAAUAUGCCAAGAACCAUCGUAAACCUAGUUCCGUCGCCUCUGGUUAGUCUGUCGUUUUCCAUGGACAAAGCACAGCUUCCCUUUUCCUGCAAGCUAACGCGACCAAUCGAGUGUUCCUGCCUGUUUGGGCCGCGAUAUUCCGACCGGAGAAACCUGUACCGUCAGCUGGAACGAAAAUUCGUUGCCAUAAUGGAGCGCGUUAGUUAUAUGACCGAUUUUCACAGCGAUGACUUUACGGUUGUGUACCAGCCAUUCUUCAAAGAGGCCAGUGUGUUUUACCGGCACGAUGGCAGGCCGGACAUCUCGAUGAUGUCGAUCGAUUGUGUGCAUCUGAGUCAAAAGGGGCACGCUCUGUCGGCAAACGGACUGUGGAACAAUAUGAUGGAAACAACGCGAACGAAGACCUUGGGAUUGCGGGAACUGUUCGAGGAGUUCAAGUGUCCAACUGAGCAGAAUCCGUACAUUCGGACAUAUUACAAUAGCUGA